UCCAGAGCAGCCGAAAGCCAAAAUGGGACGCCAAGCCUGCCUCCUAGGUCUCCUUGCUCUCAUCAUCACUGGCAAAUGCACUUACAGCCCUGAGCCGGACCAGCACUGGAUGCUGCCCCCAGGCUGGGUGUCCCUGGGCCGUGUGGACCCUGAAGAAGAACUGAGUCUCACUUUUGCCCUGAAACAGCAGAACCUGGAAAGACUCUCAGAGCUGGUGCAGGCUGUGUCGGAUCCCAGCUCUCCUCAAUACGGAAAGUACCUAACCCUAGAGGAUGUAGCUGAGCUGGUCCGGCCAUCACCACUGACCCUGCGCACUGUCCGAAAGUGGCUCUUGGCAGCUGGAGCCCGGAAUUGCCAUUCAGUGACCACACAGGACUUUCUGACUUGCUGGCUGAGUGUCUGGCAGGCUGAGCUGCUGCUCCCUGGGGCUGAGUUUCAUCGCUAUGUGGGGGGACCUGCGGAGACCCAAGUUGUAAGGUCCCCACAUCCCUACCAGCUCCCCCAGGCCUUGGCUCCUCAUGUGGACUUUGUGGGGGGACUGCACCGUUUUCCCCCUACAUCAUCGCUGAGACAACGCCCAAAGCCACAGGGGGUAGAAACUGUUGGUCUGCACCUGGGAGUGACUCCCUCUGUGCUCCGUCAGCGAUACAACCUGACAGCACAAGAUGUGGGCUCUGGCACCACCAACAACAGCCAAGCCUGUGCCCAGUUUCUGGAACAGUAUUUCCAUGACUCAGAUCUGACUGAGUUCAUGCGCCUGUUCGGUAGCGAUUUUGCACACCAGGCAUCAGUAGCCAGAGUGGUUGGAAAACAGGGGCGAGGCCGAGCUGGAAUCGAGGCCAGUCUAGAUGUGGAAUACCUGAUGAGUGCUGGUGCCAACAUCUCCACUUGGGUCUACAGUAGCCCUGGCCGGCAUGAAGCACAGGAGCCCUUCUUGCAGUGGCUCCUGCUUCUCAGCAAUCAGUCAACCUUGCCACAUGUACAUACUGUGAGUUAUGGAGAUGAUGAAGACUCCCUCAGCAGCGUCUACAUCCAAAGAGUCAACACUGAGUUCAUGAAGGCUGCUGCUCGGGGUCUCACCCUACUUUUUGCCUCAGGUGACACUGGAGCUGGAUGUUGGUCUGUCUCCGGAAGACACAAGUUCCGUCCUAGCUUCCCUGCUUCUAGCCCCUAUGUCACUACAGUAGGCGGCACCUCGUUCAGGAAUCCAUUCCUCAUCACAAAUGAAGUAGUUGACUAUAUCAGUGGUGGAGGCUUCAGCAAUGUUUUCCCACAGCCUUCAUACCAGGAGGAAGCGGUGGCCCGGUUCUUGAAGUCCAGCUCCCAUCUACCACCGUCUAGUUACUUCAAUGCUAGUGGCCGUGCCUACCCAGAUGUUGCUGCACUUUCUGACGGCUACUGGGUAGUCAGCAACAAGGUCCCCAUUCCAUGGGUAUCUGGAACCUCGGCCUCUACUCCAGUGUUUGGGGGAAUUUUAUCCUUGAUAAAUGAGCACAGAAUCCUCAAUGGUCGCCCCCCUCUUGGCUUCCUCAAUCCCCGGCUCUAUCAGCAGCAUGGAGCAGGACUCUUUGAUGUAACCCAUGGCUGCCAUGAGUCCUGUCUGAAUGAAGAAGUGGAAGGUCAAGGUUUCUGCUCUGGUCCUGGCUGGGAUCCAGUGACAGGUUGGGGAACACCCAACUUCCCAGCCCUACUGAAGACUCUACUCAACCCUUGACCCUCUCCUGCUGGGAAAGCACAAUUGUCCCCUGUGCUACAGGAGAAGGCUUAGUCCCUUAUUCUGCCUCAAUGGAAGCCCUGCUAAACUCUUAACACUUGCCUCCUGCAAACAUCUUUUCCCUAACCCUCAAAUGCUGUGAGCAGGAUUGAUUCCCAACCCUGUUGUGCUCCAUCAAACUCAGGUCUCCUAACGCAACAAGAUGCUAACCAUCAUAUUUCGUCUCACCCUUUCCCCAUCUCUUCCUCUUUCCAACUUGAGAUGUGAAAGGAGGAUGAGGCGGUUACCUCCCAUUCCUGAUAUCGUCAGGUCCGUCUGGGUUUACCGCCUCUGCACUGACUGGAUGCUCCAUUUCUCUUCAUGUUUCCUUCUCCAUUCACUCUGAUGAGAACUUUGCGCUGUUUAGUCUUUCUUCCCCUGGCACCGAGGUGAAAUGGUCUCCCUGACAUUUCAUCCUACACUUCUCAGUCUUUGUUUUGUGUUUUUGCUUUUAAGAACAAGUUGCAUAGUCUAAAGAAAGUUAAAAAUUUGUAAGUUCAAAGUGUUUUAAAUAGGUUCUCAUUGGCAAAAUUUCUCAACAAAAUAAAUAGGUCAUUACAAAUGACUGUCACGUUUAAA